CUUUUGUAUUCUAAGGAGAAAACUAAAUGGUACACACAUCUCAAUCGUAUAUCGAAAAUUCUAGACUUGUGAUUUUAUUGUGAUUAUUAAUUAAUCAAAUUAAAUAAAUAGUUUUAUUAAUAUAAUAUAUAAUCACGGUGUCUACCUGAUUUUAUCGAAAGAAAAUUGUUUUAAUUAAAACGCAGAAAUGUCACAUACAAUAUUACUCGUGCAGCCAGGCAACCGACCAGAAACAAGAACAUUUUCAGAUUACGAAAGUGUCAACGAGUGCAUGGAAGGUGUAUGUAAAAUUUAUGAGGAACAUUUGAAAAAAAGAAAUCCAAAUACACCGACAAUCACAUAUGAUAUUAGCCAGUUAUUUGAUUUUGUUGAUCAACUGACAGACAUAUCAUGUUUGGUAUAUCAAAAAUCUACAAACACUUAUGCCCCAUAUAAUAAGGAUUGGAUUAAAGAAAAAAUCUAUGUCUUGUUACGUAGAGCUGCUGGUCAUAGCGAGUAAUGAUAUAACUAUUAUAGACGUAAAUUCUCAAGUAACUCAUAAGAUAAAUUAAUUUUAAAUACUAUUGUAUACUACUGUUUCUAUCAAUAAAUAUAUAAAUAACUAUUA